AUGGAACAGGAAGAUACCAAACUUCAACACGUAAUUAAUAUGAUCAUCGGUGGAGUCGAUAUCCCACAGGAGCCAAUGUUGAAACACACCAGAAUUUCCAUCACCAGGGAGAAACAACCUCAAGAUUACAUACCAGAAGGAGUUUUAUCCUUCAGUGAUGAGGAUGCGAAAGGGAUCAUACAACCUCACAAUGAUGUGUUGGUAAUAUCUAUACUCGUAAAUAAAAGUAGAAUUAAAUGUGUGUUAAUUGAUCUAGGUAGCUCGACCAACAUUAUUCGGUCUAAGGUCGUAGAACAGCUCGGUCUACAAGACAGGAUCAUGCCAGCAGUCCGAGUCCUAAACGGGUUCAACAUGGCAUGUGCAACUACCAAAAGAAAGAUAACGUUACCGGUCAAUACCGCCGGAAUCGUACGAGAGGCCAAGUUUUAUAUAAUCGAAGGGGACAUAAGGUACAACGCCCUUCUCGGAAGGCCGUGGAUCCACCACAUGAGGGCAGUACCCUCAACUCUUCACCAAGUGCUAAAACUCCCAGUCCCAGGGGGCAUCAAGACAAUCUACGGGGAACAACCGGCAGCAAAAGAGAUGUUUGCCAUCGAAGAAGUGAUUCUGAUAUCAACGCUCACAACACCGAAGGAACCGAUUUAUGGCGCCGACCCAAAGGCCAAAUAG